UCACACGCACGCAAUUCCACCUCUACUUUGCAACAUUAGUUUUGCACCAAAAAGGAUUCCAUCGAUCGAAUCUAUCCUCCACCACCAUUCAAUCCCCAUUACCUUUUCCAAUUCAAAUUCCAUAUAUCCUUUUGAAUCCACCGUGUUUAUUGGAGUUUCCAUUUAUGUUUUCCAAUUAAAACCUCUCCUCUCCUACUAUGUUCAGCUCAGACGCCAUUUCCAGAGACUUCCUCCACUCCAAUCCCUCUCACACCACCAAUUUCAAGCAUCACGCCGAUUUCUCCAAGAGCAGGGAGUUCGUACCUUCGGAUUUCUUCACCAAUCAUGAUCAACACCAACACCAACACCAACACCAACACCAACACCAACACCAACACCAACACCAACACCAACACCAGCAGCAGCAGAGCUCCGGAUUAGCUCGAUACCGGUCGGCGCCGAGCUCGUUCCUCGCGGCGCUUCUUGAUUCCAACGCCGAUAAUAACAGCAGCAGCGGCGAUGAAUCCGACGCUUUCUUCUCCGCGCUCAUGGAGCGCGAUCUCAAUCCCAAGAGCAGUGAUCACAAGAUUUCGAGCGGCGGCAUGAAGCGGGAAGAUGAGGCGGAUCCGGAGCCCCGAUCCGCGCAAAACGGGUACCCGGCCGGGUAUGAUGGAUCUUACUCUGUGGGGAUGGAGCAUCAAAAUGGGAAUAGGUCUAAUCUGCUCCGCCAAAGCAGCUCUCCUGCAGGAUUCUUCAAUGGUUUUGGUUUAAUGGGAGAGGCAGGAAACUACAGAGUUCACAAUCCUGCAGAAGACAGUUCAUCAGCUUGUGGUUUGAGUAGUUCCAUGAAUUUGUCAUCGGCUGCAUCUUCUACCUCGAGAUUCAUGCCCAGCAUACCUGAAACUGGAAAUGAGAACGCAUUCAGCCCUGAAAAUGGUCGUCUGAGAAACGGGGCUGCCUUCCAUCAUGAUUCUUGGAAUGAUACAUCUUUCAACAGUUUGAAAAGAAACAGAGAUGGUGAUACGAAGAUGUUUUCCGAUUUCAAUGGAUUGGAGAAUGAGAAUGAAGAAGCCAGGAAAAAGUCCUCUGGAUUAGUAUCGCAUUUUAGCUUGCCAAAGACUUCCACGGAGAUGGCUGCAGUUGAGAACUUCCUGCAGUUCCAACAAGAGACGACCACUCCUUGUCAAGUUCGAGCAAAAAGGGGUUUCGCCACUCAUCCUAGAAGCAUUGCUGAAAGGAAUAGACGAACACGGAUUAGUAAGAACAUGAAGAAGUUGCAAGAUCUUUUCCCUCAUAUGGAUAAGCAAACGAACACGGCUGAUAUGUUGGACUUGGCAGUUGAUUACAUCAAAGAGCUACAGAAAGAAAUGAAGGUGCUCAACGAUGCAAGAGAAAGAUGCGUUUGUUUGGGUGAGCCUCACCAAACAAGUCCUUCCAAGUAGAUGCUUCUGGCAAGACGAAAACCAAGUGCAGUAGAUGAGUAUGUCCUUCAGUCUUGAUUCACCUGCGACCUCACCACCCACGUGUCGAAGCCCGUUAACAUGGCAUUUUCCCUAUUCUUCUAUGUAUGUGUGUUACAAGUUCCCACCCUCCAGGAAGAGGAGGGGGAGAAAAAGGAGCAAAGACUAAACUCCAUGUUGUAGUACUAUUAUUUAAACUGGUAAGUGCAAGUGUUUUUAUGAAUAAUUUUUGUAUAGGAA